AUGGCUCCGUGGGAUGAUGAUGAUGAUGAUGCAUAUAAAAGUCGGCCAGCACAGCAAAACCCACCACCACAAGACGAAAAUGCGUACGCAGCUCGUUGCACAGCAUUAGAGAACCGUCAGGCAAUAGUCGAGGCCCCAGACGAUGGGGACACCAGGCCAGCCAUGCCACCUCGCCGUCGUCUUCGCCGCGUUGUCCCCCGUUGUGCCUCCAGCCGGGACAACCCUAUAUCAACAUUAUAUCAACAACGUUCCCCCAGAGCCGACAUCGAGCACUCCAGCACCACCAUGGAGAAGACGGCCGGCGUUUCGGUAGCUACUGCACGGCGGCAGCAAGAAGGAGGAGGAGGAGGAGGAAGAAGAAGAAGCUGA